AUGUCAUCCAACGGCACCGGUGGAAGCAAGUGGCCUGAUUUCCGGCUCGCGUCGACCCUAUGGUCUCUUAUGGGCUCGCAAUCCAACAGACCAGAUAAGCAAAACAACAACGACCGCGCAGCCGAUCACGGCCAAGACGACGAGCAGCAGCACGAGAACGAACACCAAAACGAGCAUUCGAACGAGCUAAACCAGUUACCUGAAGUGGCCCACGACAAAAUGGAUACCGAACACCGGUCAAUUGAUGGCCUUGGGGGGUUCGAUAACUACGAACACGAUGCCCAGGUUGGCGAAGAGGACGGCGGCCAGGACCAAGACUUUGGCGCGCUGGAGAUGUUCGACAGCAAUGCGACACAAGCUCCCUACUCGUCGGAAGCCAACAACGCGUCUUUUGAUGAUAAAGCACCCGAGGCGCUCAUGUCAGAGGAAGCACCUUCCUCUCAAUCUCCAAAGAGCAAACGCGACAAGAAGGAGCGCAAACGAAAAGGCAUAAAUGAUAGUGCAUCGCCCCAGCUGCCGACCGACGAUGACUCGUCGCGAAAGUCCAGAAAAUCCAAGAAAAAAUCUACUUUGCCAGUCGAGAUUCCUGAUAGUCUUAUCGAGAAUGCUUCUUCGAACAUGUAUCAAUCUCAACCCCCUGAAAUUCCUGCUGCCGAUUUUGACGAGGAGGCCCCCGCAACUCAAUCGAAGCGCAAACGCAAGCCAUCCGACUCCGCAGACGGCAAACAACGCAAGAAACGGAGAUCCCGUGACCAGGGAACUGACUCCGAAACUCAAGAGUUUGUGCCAGGAACCCAAGAAGGUGACCAAGCUGCGCCAUCCCAAGAAUUAGAUACUCGUUCUUCUCAAGCUGCCUCCUUUUUACACACCAGAAACGCGUCUCAGCAGGGUGCCAUCUAUGAUGUCGUUUCAGAUGAAAUUCCAAACUCUCCUAGUGCUGCACGCCUUGAGGUUCGUGACGCUCGAUCAAGGGAAGGUAGUGCCGCCCCUGACGUGAUGGACGUGGACGAACCAACCGUGGAGGAUGACCAAUGUGGAGAAACUGGACAGACCGGUUUCUUCGCAAUUAACGGGUCUGAAAACCCGGAUCACCAGGACGUCGAGCGGAUGGCUAGAGAGGCAUGGAAUGAGCAUGUUAAUGGCCAACCUCAAGCCAACACUCAGGAAUCGGCACAUCCUGAAGAGAUGGAGGUGGAUAUUCCCACAUCUGCGCAGCGUCCUCAAACAACCCAUGAUGUGUAUGAUGUCCCCGGAAGCCCAAUUCAAUCACCAAACCCGCCCAGCGCCAGUGCAAAGAAAACGCGUUCAGCUAAGGCGAAGAAAGCCAAGCCCACAUUCUUCGAUAAAUCGCCUUCUCCUGAACAGGAUGGCCCAUUACCAUCGCCUUCUGCCAUGACACCGAUGCCCCGAAAACGUGCCAAGAAGGCCUCCAGCCGUAGAAAGUCUGAGGCCAAUCGUGCCCUUUCGUCUCAGAACGUGCAGGACGGAGAUGACGAUGAGGCUGAGGACGGCAAUGCCGCAGGUGGACGCCGAAACCGAAUGGCUGGUUACACUCAAGGACGAUUCAACGAUGUAGAACUCGGCCGUAUCGCACAGGCCGUUGAAAGCUAUCGUGUAGAGCAUAGCAUGGACCAGCAUGAGUUGAACGCCAUGAUUCACGCCGCAGGAGGUACAACCGCUGGUGACGAGCAUGCCGCUCUUUGGGCACGAAUUUUUGCAACUUGCCCGGACCGCCACCGACAAAAGAUUAUCAACAUCACUCGAAAGAAGUUCCACAACUUUGUUGCUCGCGGUACCUGGACCAAUGAGCAGGAUACCGAGCUUCGUGACCUUAUUGAGGUUCACGGGACGAAAUGGUCCAAGAUUGCGGGUAUCGUCAAUCGUCAUCCUGAGGAUCUUCGAGAUCGUUAUCGCAACUACAUUGUCUGUGGAGAUUCGCAACGAAAGGAUACUUGGGAUGAAACCGAGGAGGGUAACCUGACCCAGUACGUGAUGGAAGCGAUGGCUGCCAUUGAUGAAUUGAGACGCAUUCAACCAUCCCGUGAGCUUCUGAAGAAGCCCUACGAGGAGCUCAUUGACUGGCAAAACAUCAGCGAGCGUAUGGAGAGAACUCGUAGUCGACUUCAGUGUAUCACCAAGUGGAAGGCCAUGAACAUCAAGACCCAUGGAAAGGAUAAACUAGUGUCCCACGCGCCUGACGCAUCUAUUUCCUUUCGCCUGGAGAAGGCUCGUCGACAGAUUGCCGCCAUGCCUGAUGAAGAGCGCUAUCGUAUGGUGAUGGCUAUUUCAGGCUCGUCCGCACAAGUCGAAUCCAAAAUCCCUUGGCAGAGAUUGGUUGACAAGCAGUUCCGCAACAGCUGGCAUCGACCUACACAAAUGCUUUUGUGGCGACGCCUGAAGCAUAUGGUUCCCGGGUCGGAACAGAAGAGCGUGCGAGACUGUGCACAGCAUCUUCAUGAUAUUUAUGGCCAGACAGGCGAGCUUCCAAAUGUUGAUGACAGCCUCUUCAAUGAUGCCGAGGAAAUGGAGUUCUUGAACACUAUCCCCACCGCCCACGCUCCUACCAGCAGCGCACCUACAAACGGCCAGAACAACAUGAGUGCCGAAUUUGUUGACGAGGCUGAUGAAGAAGGAAAUGAACAUCAGGAGAGUGAAUACCCCGCGCCUGAUGAGAACAUUCAACCCGACCUGCCUAUCGCACCCAUGGAACACUUUGAGUCCGCUCCUAUGGCAUCAAUGGACCCAGUAGCCCCGGUUGCAGACCUGGCACCUAUGGAAGCCGCCGAAAUGGUUGACCCAGCCCUUUCUGCAGAGCCUGUAGAGCCUGUGGAGCCUGUGGAGGCCAUCGAAGAUACACCACUCGAGGAAGAACUGGCCCCUAUCGUCAAGCCUACCGAUACCCCUGUGUUCACUGAGCCUGCUCCCCCCAAGGCUACCCGUGUUGCAAAGAGAACAGGCAUGGGCAAGGCAAAGGCCCCCAAGCCCCCUCGAAAGGCAUCCGCCAGAUCUACUCCAGUCAAACCCACGCCCAGCAGGCGUUCCACUAGACGUGGCGCUGCCGCGUCUCAGGACCCUAUUGAGGAUGAUGGAGAGGCUCGGGCUUCUGCCGCCGCAGAGAGUUCCGAGGUUGAUGAGGCUCAAACACGCAAGCGAAAGACACCUAGCAGGUUUCGAUCCACUACCGCCGCCGCAGUCCCUAAUACUGCCGACGAUUCCGACAGUGUGAUGGAUGACAUGGAAGACAUGCCUGCCCGUAUUAUUUAA